CGGGAAAUAGCAAUAUCUUUGAAACUUCCUGUAGACGAACCGUAUUUCAAGUGAAACUCAAACAAAGGUGCCUACACGCAAAGUACCAUCGUGAUUUAUCAAAAUGGAAUCGCUAGAGGAGGAUUACAUUGUGUUUAAGUGAAAAACGACCUUAGAUUAUUUUGGAGAUUGUUAUUGACUUAUUGUGCGCUACAACAAGUGGCAAGGGAGACAACACCGAACAGCUGAUGGGAAAUCAUCAUACCAAUCACGAUGAAACCAGACAGAAAUCAAGUCCAGAAUCUCACGGCGGUGGCGUCUCCACUAGAUCAUCUGUAUUUGGAUCUAGUGCAAAGCUCAACUCAGCUUGUCUCAUCAAACUCUUUCAGAAACUGGAAUUGACAGCAGAUGAACAAAACCGGCACCCUGGGGAACUCAGUCGAGCCACGUUUGAGAAUGCCUUCCAUGGCCCUCUCCACACAUUUGGGAAGCUACUGUACACACAGAUGGUCAGACAGACAGCUAGUGGGGACCGGGAAAGAAUCACCAAAGAACAGUUCACCAAGGCUGGCAAGGAGCUUCUGAAACUGUACGAUGAAUCCUCCCAACAGGAGUACUACUUCAAACUGUUUGCCAGCGGAAAGGACCAUCUCACAAAGGAGGAUGCUCUGCAGAUGGUCAAGGUGUCCUAUGCUCUCACUCUGUCAGCCACCAUGAUUCCUUACUCCAAGGGCAGCAACGAUGAUGCUUUGUUUGAGGGCAUUGUUCAAGGCAUGUUUGGUAUAAAUGAGAGAGUGACAUUCCAAGAUUUUACCUCAUGGUCUAAAAAGAACAGCCCUCAUUUGUUCUGUGGGGUUCACAACUGGGUAUACCAGAUUCUCACUGGCUCGAAGAUGCCUUCAGAACUGGAAGCUGCUAAGGUUCCCCAGUUGGAGAGAUUUGUGGAGGACAAGUAUACUAUGAGUAUGGGGAUGUUGUGGAUGCUGACUACAGUCAUACCUCAGUCCUAUACCCACAACCCCGAGGAGAAAAAGGAGAAACAGAAAAGCAGUGAGAAGAACCCCCUGCUGAACUCUUACCACCUCAUAAUGAAGCUGGCUCAGCUGACCCGCUGCCAGAGCUGGACUUUACUGUACGACAGCAGGGAACACGGCCUCUCUCAUAACAGAUUUCAUCACCAUAUUUCAUCAUAUCAUGGCCCCACUAUUACUCUGAUUUCCUUUGAGGGUAGGAAUACAUACUGUCUGGCACUGGACAAACCAUGGAGAGAGGGCUCCAGCAGGUUUGGGGGAGAGGAUUCAAUGCUAAUACAGAUCUCACCUAUCUUCAGAGUCAUGCAAAGUGGAGCCCCACUCGUAACAUGGAAUGAGUAUUCGCGUGACCUUCGUAAGGGUAUUUACUUGGGCAAGGAAGGAAGGUCUCUGGUGCUAUUUAUUCCCGCAGACUUUGACUCGGUGGAACACUUUGGAGUGAACUGUGCUCUUCACAAAAUAGAAAUGUGGGGAUGUGGCCCGUCCCAUAUCCUGGAAGAACAGGCCAAGCAGAAGAAAUGGGAGAAAAAGGAAGCUGAGAAACAAUCCGCAAAGAAGCUCCACCUUGAUGUUGGAAAAUGGGAAGAGAACCCAGACAAGCAGAUUCUUCAGUGGGGUGGAAUCAACGUUGAGCAUCAGUACUCCCGAGACAGUGGUUUCUAAACAGCUCCAGUUCAGGGGCCAUUCUCAGCGGGAACCAGUUUAUAGAAAUUGCAUUUCAUUCCACAUUUAAUAAGUGUAUGCCAGAAUCAAGCUGUGUGUGUGUGUGUAAUUAAAAGACUGAUAAAUUGAUUAUACACCUGUACAUAGCAAUUUUACCGGUUUAUACUGGUAGCUGUCAAUUUAACCGUUAUCUUUUGCAGUAUAACUUAACAACCACACACAAAGUAUAACUCUUGAUAGCCUCUAUCUUUUUAAUUGAGAUUCAUAGUGUAUAAACCGUCCUUCUGGAUAUGAAUAUAUACAGUAAAGAUUUGUAACAAAAUUUGUAACUUGUAUUUUUAACACAAACAUUUAUAUAUUCUGGUACCAUCUGUUUGCAGGUAUACUGUGGUAAAAUUACUUUGGAAUGUACUGUUUCAAUGCAAAAUGUAAUCAGUACAUGAUGAUUAAGUUAUUGGUUUUCAGGCAGAAUCUCAAAAAUUGACAUUCCAUAUUCAGAUUUUUAAAUUCAGUACUCUAAAAAUAAUUUUGUUGUUACUGCAUGACAACUAAAUCUGAAUGGUUUUUUGUGUCAUUCCCCUUUGAUAUAAGUUUAAGGGGAAGUAUUAUGUUAUAAAAGUACUUGUAUAAUGCUGUUAUGUAUUAUUUUUGAAUGGUUUGUAUAGAUUUUCCUGUACACGAGUGUAUAUGGCAAGUUUUAUGCAUGAUUUUUUUUCUAUAUCCAAAAUAUUACAUGUUUUGGGUUACCUGUAAUGUGUACAUUUAGGUCUUUAUUCUGUUUUGAAAAGAAGGGAAAGUAUAAAGUGGUGCUAUCAGUCAACACAGUCAUAGAAGGUCAAGUUUCGGGCAUUCAGUGAUAGGUGAAGGUCUUGCCUUUCUGAUUAUUUUGUACGUGUAAAGAGCAGUUUCAGCUUCAUUUAUAGGGCUGUUCUAGCCAUCCAUUUGUUUAUAUGGAGUAUGGAUGUUCUAAUGACUGAGCGACAAUCAUGCUUGUGCUUCCUUAUUUUGAAUUUUUUUCUCAUACUACUAGUAUUUGGUUUACAGACCAGAAGUCUUUGGAACUAAACAAUCUUUCUGUCUCAUUCAACAGCAGUAACUUUAAGUUGGCAUAUUUAGAAUCAAUGUAAUAUAUACUUGUUAAAAUAGAAUGGAAACUCUUUGCUCUUUGUGCACUGAAUGUCACAUUGAAAUGCAUUG